CUGCAGGUACUGUUUCUGAAGCGGCGAUUGGGUUUCGUACGUCUGGCAGUGGAGUCCAACGUUCCCAUAAUUCCCAUCUUCUCCUUCGGUCAGAAGGACGUGUACAGCUACUGGUUCCCGCGCAGCUCUUUCCACACUGCUCUGUCUCGUAAGUUGAUGUUUGCUCCGAUGCUGUUUUGGGGUAGGUGGGGCACGCCCAUCCCACAUCAGAAGCCAAUGACUCUUGUGGUGGGGAAACCAGUUCCAGUACCUGCGGGUGAAGCAAGCCUAGACGCUGCAGUCCAGAAAAUGCAUGCGGAGUUUAUCGCCACUGUUGAACGUCUGUACGAGCUGCAUAAGUGUGGAGUAGGAGUUUCUGCUGUACCACUUCUCAUAAUAGGGUACAACCGCCUUCUUUCAGCCCUCUUUCUAUUCCACAACUCUUCUCUCUAGCCUAAACCUAAACCUAGCCUAAACCUC